GGACAGGCUGAAACUGAAGCUGCAGCACAGUGUCACUGCUCACUGUGGACAGUCUCAGGAUUAAAGUACUGUAAUUGAACAGUAGGUGUUGCAUUCAGCAGUAUGUUUAUUGGAGACUAUGUGUUGAGUGCUUGUUUUGUACUGUAUGUAUAAACAGAUAUUUUGUUCGAUAGUACAGCUCUCAGUUAAACAGUACGGGUACAUUGGGUUAUAAAGCUUAAUAUUUACUAGAGUCUGUUCUUGUUUAAGCAGCAUCCAUAGCAGGCUGCUCAUGUGAUUGAGGAGCUUGUGAGAUGGGUCAAAGUUUAUUGUGCAGGUUUUCAGAGGAGCCUCGAUCUGUCAGGAGAAACACACAACAGAAUGACUGUCAUAUUCGCGAUAUUCUUCUGCCUUUUCAGUGAGUAUUCUUCUCAUUCCACACAGUUCUGUAACAGCAUUCGCUUGUGUGUGUUUCCAGUGAGUAUUCUUCUCAUUCCACACAGUUCUGUAACAGCAUUCGCUUGUGUGCGUUUCCAGUGAGUAUUCUUCUCAUUCCACACAGUUCUGUAACAGCAUUCGCUUGUGUGUGUUUCCAGUGAGUAUUCUUCUCAUUCCACACAGUUCUGUAACAGCAUUCGCUUGUGUGCGUUUCCAGUGAGUAUUCUUCUCAUUCCACACAGUUCUGUAACAGCAUUCGCUUGUGUGUGUUUCCAGUGAGUAUUCUUCUCAUUCCACACAGUUCUGUAACAGCAUUCGCUUGUGUGUGUUUCCAGUGAGUAUUCUUCUCAUUCCACACAGUUCUGUAACAGCAUUCGCUUGUGUGUGUUUCCAGUGAGUAUUCUUCUCAUUCCACACAGUUCUGUAACAGCAUUCGCUUGUGUGCGUUUCCAGUGAGUAUUCUUCUCAUUCCACACAGUUCUGUAACAGCAUUCGCUUGUGUGUGUUUCCAGUGAGUAUUCUUCUCAUUCCACACAGUUCUGUAACAGCAUUCGCUUGUGUGCGUUUCCAGUGAGUAUUCUUCUCAUUCCACACAGUUCUGUAACAGCAUUCGCUUGUGUGUGUUUCCAGUGAGUAUUCUUCUCAUUCCACACAGUUCUGUAACAGCAUUCGCUUGUGUGUGUUUCCAGUGAGUAUUCUCAUUCCACACAGUUCUGUAAUAGUGUAAUCCUCAUUAAGAUAAUCAUUCUAUGUAUACCAUAGUAACUGUUAUAGCAACUUGCUUGCAUUUGCUAUGGAGCAAAACAUAAUGAUAUUAAUGAAUAAUAAUAAUAAAACUGCUGCAGCCCCUGGUCUAUGUCUAAAGAGUACAAUGGAUUGUCGUGUGUCAUUACAGUAAUUGAAGUUUUCUUUAACUUUGUCAGGUUAGUAAUUCCCUCACAAAGUGCCAAAGCCUUCUGUAUUGUCUGUGUGAGUUGUGCUGGUUGAAGAUGUUCAGCUUUCAGAGCUGUUUCGUCCUGUGCUGUGACGUCCUUCCUGUUUUCUCUGCCCUCCCUUCAAUGAAACGUGUUGAACUGGGGGUUCAUGUUAUAUUGUAUUGAGAUCCGGUCUCACGCCAGCAAAUAUACUGGAUCAGAGAGAUUCAGAGUGUGUUUGAGAUCCGGUCUCACGCCAGCAAAUGUACUGGAUCAGAGAGAUUCAGAGUGUGUUUGAGAUCCGGUCUCACGCCAGCAAAUGUACUGGAUCAGAGAGAUUUAGAGUGUGUUUGUUUUGUUCUAUUCUGGACUAUAUUCUUCACACAUAUGCUAUAUGUAGGCCACACAGUAGCUUGCAUUUGGAAUCCAUUUAAAAUAUAUCAAAGGGUAGAGUUACGGCAGAUCUAACUUUCCUGUGCAAAAUGAGAUCUGCUUAACACUGCAGGAGGUUACACUGCACAGCUCUGUGAAGUUAAACUUUAUAAAACCCCAUUACAUUGUAAUCACAUUUCCAAGCUGUGAGAUCAAUUAGCUGCUUGGAAGCGAAUGAAUGCUGACAGGCAGAAUGGCCUCUCGUUUGUAAAUGUUCUUCUGCUGUUUUACUAUGAACUUUACUCCACUGUUUUUUACGUUUCAGGUGUUUCUAAUGCUUUGUACAAGCAGUGGAUUUCUGACACUAACUUUGAAAAUGUAUCAAACUGGGACAAGGGCAGAGUUCCCUGCGCUAACGACCAGGUCUAUUUUCAACACAAUCAGAAAGCCUCUGUUUAUGUCCAGUCCACCCACUCCAUUGUAGAAAUGUGUCUGCCGAUGGAUGGAGAGCUCAUCUUGGCGUUCGGUGCUGGAUUUGCAGGCAGUGAGGGGGACAGCGACCCUGGCUGUGAGGGAGGAGGAGACAGAAUCACCUUUCAGGACCCCAACAGGUACCAGUGGUACGACCCGACCCUGUGGAGAGCAGCCUCCACCCCUGAUGACCUUGAGAAUGGUAGAUUCCAGUUUUCUGUGCACGAGGAAAGCGUCCCCUGUGAACACGACGAUGUGAUCUUCCGGCCCGACUCUUCGUUCCGUGUCAGCACUGACUCUGCUGUGAGCAGCAUGCCCGUGAAGACUGUGUCCAUCAUGGAGAAGAAGUUCUCUCGGGAGGAGGAGUUUGCCCACUACCUGCAGUCCGGUUCAGGGAAGCUGCAGUUCCAUGGAAGCGGCACAGUGCAGGUGACGAACAGGAGGUGCAGCGAGAGCUCUGGGUGUGACUGCGGGAACACUGCGAACCACGAGCGGAUCUGCGCUGCUCUGCACCAGCACUCCCAGUGUCCCCUUCUAGAAUGCCGGAGCCCCCUGACUCCUAUUGGACACUGCUGUGGAAUAUGUGGUGCCAUCGUCUCCCUGGAGUAUUCCCCGGAUUUCAAUGUGGAGUCCUACAGGAACCGGCUGCUUCAUCUGUUUCUGAGCCUGCCGUCGUAUGGAGGGGUGCGCAUGGCCAUGUCCAAGGUGCCCAGGCCCCAGUCUUUCUUAGGGCUCGUCCUCCGGGAGGAUGAGUCAGAGAUCCAGGUGGUGCUGCUGGAGGAGGGGAGCGGCUCGAAGGCCGAAGCUCUAGCCUGGGAGAUCAUGAAGGACAUUCAAUCCCAAGGCAGCAGCUUGGGGAUUGUGAAGGGGGAGGUCCACACUUCCACAGGCAGCCACGACAGUGGGCAGGGGGGCUCUGUGGAUGGCGGGAUGAUCGCGGGUGCAGUGAUUGGGGUCCUGCUGGCCCUGGUGGGGCUAGGGUCCCUGGUGGUCCUCUUCACUCGAGGGAUAAUCAGGGUCCCCAGCCUGAGCUCCCUUCAGUUUGUGAAGAAGGACAGUGACCUCGAUAACCUUGGAGACUCUAUCGACAAGGGCUUCGAUAACCCCAUGUUUGACACGUCCUCCAAUCUGCCUGCUGAUGUCCACGGACUGUACUCUGGGUCUGAAGCACUGAAGAGCAUCUCCAUCACCAACUCCGGCAUCCACUUUACAAACCCAGCCUACGAUGAAACCGACUUCACUGCCUAAACCAGCCUGCUCCCUGCCCCCCCACAACACUCAAGUCUUUUAGCUAUAAGAUGACUAGUAUGUUUGAAAGUUAUGAUUACAAUAAACCCUUAUCAAAGUGUUAAACGAGGUGCUAUUAUUUACUGAUCCUCACCCUACUAGAUCUAAGAGUAGCAUUCAACACCGUCGACCGUCCCACUUUAAUGGAACGCCUUGAGAAUCUUGUAGGACUGGCAGGUUGUGCCCUAUCUGAAUAGCUUACACUAUGUUCAAAUUGAGGAGGAUGACGACUCCUUAUCUAGUUACAUGUAUGUGGGGUGCCAUAGGGCUCUGCUCUGGGACCAGUCUUGUUUUCCCCUGAGCGAUGUUGGCUGUAGACACACGGUAAACUUUCACUGCUAUGCCAUUGACACACAAUUGUACUUCUCUCUGAAGUACAGGUGAUUCCACAUCUGCAAAUACCUUAACUACCUGUCUCACUGAGAGUAAGAAAUGGAUGUCAACACAUUUUCUAUUGUUAAAGUCUGACAAAUCAGAGGUCAUAUUUUUGGGUUUAUGAACUCAGUGAGAAAGGGUAAGUCAAUGUG